AUGACAAUCCGACACCAAGGCCAGCAGUACAGGCCGAGGAUGGCAUUUCUCCAGAAGAUUGAAGCUCUGGUGAAGGAUAUGCAGAACCCAGAGACGGGGGUCAGAAUGCAGAAUCAGAAGAUCCUGGUCACCAGCAUCCCGCAUGCCAUGACAGGGAGUGAUGUUCUACAAUGGAUCAUCCAGCGGCUUUGGAUCUCCAAUCUGGAGGCACAGAACUUGGGCAACUUCAUCGUCAAGUAUGGCUACAUUUACCCCCUGCAAGACCCCAAGAAUCUCAUUCUCAAGCCCGACGGCAGCCUCUACCGUUUUCAGACGCCGUAUUUCUGGCCGACCCAGCAGUGGCCAGCCGAAGAUACAGACUAUGCCAUUUAUCUGGCCAAGCGAAAUAUCAAGAAGAAAGGAAUUCUAGAAGACUAUGAAAAGGAAAAUUACAAUUUCUUGAAUAAAAAAAUUAACUACAAGUGGGACUUUGUCAUCAUGCAGGCCAAAGAGCAGUACAGGACCGGAAAGGAAAGGAAUAAAGCAGACAGGUAUGCAUUCGACUGCCAGGAGAAGGCAUAUUGGCUGGUCCACCGGUGCCCUCCAGGAAUGAACAACGUGCUGGACUAUGGCCUGGACCGAGUGACCGAUCCAAAUGAAGUUCAGAAACAAACAAUCAUUGCUGUCAGAAAAGAGAUCAUGUAUUACCAGCAGGCCUUAAUGAGGUCCACGGUGAAGUCCUCGGUGUCCCUUGGCGGGAUCGUCAAAUACAGUGAGCAGUUUUUGUCCAACGAUGCCAUCAUGUCAGGCUGCCUUCCUAGCAAUCCUUGGAUUACAGAUGACACUCAGUUCUGGGAUUUAAAUGCCAAAUUGGUGGAAACGCCGACCAAGAUGCGGGUAGAGCGGUGGGCCUUCAACUUCAGCGAGCUGAUCCGGGACCCCAAGGGCCGGCAGAGCUUCCAGUACUUCCUCAAGAAGGAAUUCAGUGGGGAGAAUCUGGGAUUCUGGGAAGCCUGUGAAGAUCUGAAGUAUGGAGAUCAGUCCAAGGUCAAGGAGAAAGCAGAGGAGAUUUACAAGCUGUUCCUGGCCCCAGGGGCAAGAAGAUGGAUCAACAUAGAUGGCAAAACCAUGGACAUCACGGUCAAGGGGCUGAGGCACCCCCACCGCUAUGUGCUGGAUGCGGCACAGACCCACAUCUACAUGCUCAUGAAGAAGGAUUCUUAUGCUCGCUAUUUAAAAUCUCCGAUCUAUAAGGAGAUGCUGGCCAAAGCUAUCGAACCUCAGGAAACCAGCAAGAGAAGUACGUCCACGUUCCACACUCAGCCUUUCUUCCCGGCCACCCUGCUCUACCUUCGGGAGCCAGGCCAGCACGCCACGCCCAGCCCCCACCUGGCUGUGUACACUGGGACCUGCGUGCCCCCAUCACCUUCCAGCCCCUUCUCCCCAUCCUGCCGCUCGCCCCGGAAGCCCUUCCCCUCACCCAGCCGCUUCAUCAGGCGACCCAGCAUCGCCGUCUGCCCCUCACCCAUUAGGAUGGCCUUGGAGGGCUCCUCGGGCUCGGAGCAGAAGCGGGAGGCUUGCGGAUCCAGUUCUCGCCAAGGGCCCUCCGACUGCGACACCAGAGAGGCCUCCACCGACUGCCCCUGGCCCCGGCCCCUGCCCAGGACCCCUCCCAAGGCCCGCAUGGCUCUGUCCUUCAGUAGGCUUCUGAGACGAGGCUGUUUAGCCUCACCGGUCUUUGCCAGGCUCUCGCCCAAGUGCCCCUCUGUGUCCCAUGGGAAGGUGCAGCCCCUGGGGGAUGGGGGCCAGCAGCUGCCACGGCUGAAAGCCAGGAGAGUGACAAACUUUUUCCAGAUCAGAAUGGAUGUGCCUGUGGAGAGUGGGACCUGCCUGAUGGACUCGGAGGACACCGGAACAGGAGAAUCGGGUGACCAGGCCAUCAAAAAGGAGGUCAUCUGUCCCUGGGAGAGCCAGGCCGAGGGGAAAGCUGGCUGA